AUGAAAAUAGCGAAGUAUAUCGCGAAUGCGUUCGAAGCCAACUAUGCAUCGUUGUGGCAUUGUAUUGUGAGUGAUGGUCAUAUGCGUUUCUAUGUGCGCUAUGAUGCCGAUAAUCAUAUCUAUUUUGCUAUCGGUCAACUAUCGAUAUUUCUGUUUCGAUUGCACCGUUCCAAGCCUCGUGCCGUGCUCACUCGUCUUGCUGCUGCACAACGACGAAUGUCCGAUGUUUUCGUCAAAAUCGAUUCACCACGAGACGACGUUCGCGUUAUGAGCUCUGGAAUGCAAUUGCACAUGCAACAUUACGCAAUACGAAUAACCGAUGAUGCCAUUAAUGAGUAG